AGUUUUAACUCCAUCACCUUCGUAUCUUCACAGCCACGGACGAACUGAACUAUUUCAUCUCCUCUUUCUUCCCCUACCGAAUCCGCCUCCACCUGCAAGCAGCGCACGCACCACUAACAGUCCAGCACGACACCGGCGACGACAGCGCACAUACGAAGCACGUCAAAUUCGAGUUCCGUUGUGGCGAUUGGAGCUUCGUGCGGCUGAAUCCUGCGUAAUUAAUUAGUUUAUUGGGCAAAACGUAUUGCGUUCUGCUGAAUCGGAUCCUCAGUCUGGCAAUGGAGAGGUCAGCGCGGCGGGGUACGCUGGUCUGCGCGUCGCUGACGGCGCGGUCGCCCCGGGAGAUGGCGGCGGAGGUGGCCGCCGCCGCGGCGCUCGGCGCCGAUGUGGCGGAGCUCCGGGUCGACUGCCUCGACGGGUUCCAGCCGCGCAUGGACCUGCCCGUGCUCCUUGCCCAGCCCCGCCCGCUCCCCGUCAUCAUCACCUACAGGCCGAAAUGGGAAGGAGGCGAAUAUGAAGGCGAAGAUGAGCCACGGUUUGAGGCGCUUCUGUUGGCAAUGGAGCUGGGAGCUGAGUACGUGGAUAUUGAGCACAAGGUUGUCGUCAACUUUCUGAAAUUUUUAUCGGGGAGGAAACCCGAAACCUGCAAACUCAUCGUUUCAAUUCAUAACUACGAGUACACACCGUCGGUAGAUGAGCUUCUGAGUUUGGUGGAUCAGAUUCAAGCAACAGGGGCUGAUAUUGUGAAAAUUGCAACCAGUGCUACUGAAAUUGAUGAUGUGUCAAGAAUGUUUCAAGUACUUGUCCAUUGCCAAGCAAAACAUGUGCCAAUCAUUGGGCUGGUGAUGAAGGAAAGGGGUUUCAUUUCUCGGGUUCUUUGCGCAAAAUAUGGUGGAUACCUUACUUUUGCGUCUCUUGAAAAAGGAAAAGAAUCCACCCCUGGGCAGCCAACAGUAGCAGACUUGAUUACUAAGUACAAAAUUAGGCAGAUUGGCCCUGACACCAAGGUCAUCGGUAUUAUUGGAAAUCCAGUUAGCCACAGUAAAAGCCUAAUUGUGCAAAAUCAAGCUUUCAGAUCAGUGGGUUUCAAUGCUGUGUUUCUGCCAUUUUUGUCGGAUGACUUGGUUAAGUUUCUUAAGACCUUCUCUUCACCAGAAUAUGCUGGCUUCAGUUGCACAAUGCCCCAUAAGGAAACUGCAAUUAGGUGCUGUGAUGAUCUCGAUCCUAUUGCCAGAGACAUUGGAGCUAUUAAUACAAUUGUUAGAAGGCCUGAUGGAAAACUUGUUGGGUACAAUACUGACUAUGUUGGUGCUAUUUCUGCUAUUGAGGAUGCCAUAAGAGCAUCACACCCAGUAGAUCCGACCACUUCGCCACUGGCUAGAAGGCUUUUCGUUGUUAUUGGGGCCGGUGGUGCAGCAAAAGCAGUAGCAUAUGGUGCAAAAGAGAAGGGAGCAAGAGUUGUAAUUGCCAACCGUACUUUUGCGCGUGCUCAAGAACUUGCCAGAUUAAUUGGGGGGACUGCUUUAACCAUGGCUGAGUUGGAAAGCUACCAUCCGGAGGAUGGCAUGAUUCUUGCAAAUGCAACAUCUGUCGGAAUGUAUCCUAAUGUCAAUGAAACUCCUUUAUCUAAGGAAGCUCUUAGAAACUACUCUGUUGUCUUUGAUGCGGUCUACAUCCCAAAAGAGACCAGACUUCUCCGAGAAGCUGCAGAAUGUGGAACCACAGUCGUUAACGGUCUGGAGAUGUUAGCAAGACUAGCGGUGGUUCAAUUUGAGCUUUUCACAGGGGGCAUGCCAGCUCCACAAAGGUUGAUACAUGAUGCUAUGACAAAGACGCAGUAAUGCUUCUCAAAAGAGCAAGGUCCCUGCCACCACCUGCAUAUCAUGGUUUCUGCAGAAUGGUUCUAGUUCACUAGUUGUAUGCAUGUCGUCCUCCUUGCUUGGCCCUCAACUUUGUACAAAAACCACUGUCUUGAACGCAGGUGGACAAGCGGUUUUCAUCUCACUGCUUUUCUCCUACUACCUUCAAAGAUGCCAUGUUGUUUUCGUCGCAUAUCCCCCAAAUGGUUUUGAGUCGUCUGUUGUUCGAAAAAGAAUAAUCCAUAGCUCAACAUUGUUAGUAGGUUUAACUGUCUUCCAGACCACAAAACUGAGUCUGAAAUACAUGAAUCUGUAUGUUCAAUAAAGAUCGAAUAAGUUCUGGCUCAUGCUCAACAGUGUUAAAAGAGUUUUUCUGGUA